AUGAAGCACUGUUUCUCCCUCGUCAUUAUCUUCCUUAUUGUCGCCUUCCAAGUGAUGGCGGCGCCGCUGAAAGCACGGAUCACCCCGCCUGAUCCUGAAUGGUGGGGAAGGGCUGUUGACAUCCUAAGUUCCUCAGUUGAUGUCUCCGAGUCCACCACGAGCACUGUACAAGCUUCUCUCGAUGCCACAAUUUCCGGCUCUCAUAGCUCACAUGCCGGUCAUGCGCACUCGCACUCGCAAGGGCCCUCUCACACCGGGACACAUUCUCACACGGCGUCACCCUCCUACACGCAGACGAGAACAGACAAUCAACAUGAAGCGUCCAACAUUCCUACUCCAAGCGGCGGGACACGUCCCUUCGAGAUAUUGGCGCCUUACUAA